AUGAAACUCUUACGAGUUUUAUUGCUAAUCUCCAGUGCGUGCUUCAGUCGGUCAGACGCUUCGCGCGUCUUCGUAGACCAGAGUGAUGGGUCAUACAGAAAUUUGGUGAUUGCGAUUUCGCCCAAAGUGAAUCCUCUCCAUGGAAAAACUCUGAUACCGAAUUUAGAAGCCGUCAUCCGGAACGCUUCUGCAGAAUUGCAUAAAAGUCGUGGAGUGUACAUUGGCGAAGUGCACGUUAUCAUUCCGAAGACUUGGACCAAUAAGGCUCAAUGGGCGAGACAGCCGCUGCCCAGACCCGAUUUCCCGACGUGGCAGUCGUUUCGCGACGCUGAUAUUGUCAUCGAACGAGCCGAGGAAUCAGCUUUCGGCGAGAACCCGUCGGUCGUGCAGCACGGAGGUUGCGGUGUACAAGCUCAUAAAAUCGUCAUCCCCGAGAACUUUUUCACGGAUUACGUCCAACGGAACCAUUUCGAAAAAUACGGACCGCCAUCUCGCGUAUUCAUACGUGAAUGGAUCACCUACCGCUAUGGAGUUUUUCGAGAACAUGGAUUCCCGCGCGACCCCAUCUAUCCACUGUACUUCGCUAAACCGUCCGCCGGAAGGCACAGUGACAUCCAGCUCAACUUGUGCACGGAUCGUCCAGUUCGGCCGAAAUUCAAGAACGGCAACGGAGUAGCUUGCAACGCUUCGAUAAACCUACAGAACGGCCUUCCGAUGGACAUGGACUGCAUUCCUGUCAUCCAGGAUGAAGUCGAGUCUUCGAUUAUGAGCGGAAUUCCCAGCGCAACUCAAUUCUGCGGAGAACAUCAGCACGACAGAAGUCUUCCGAACAAGCAGAAUGCCAUGUGCCACCAAAGGUCGGUCGCCGAGAUCAUCGACCAGCACGAGGAUUUCUCUCGGGCUGCGGGGAACGGUCCUUUGGGACGGACUCGAUUCAUGUUCUACCAGGAGAAAGCCCUCGCCGUGGCUCUGAUACUCCACCUGAGCGAGCCUGGAUUACAAUUCAGCCGUCAGUAUUACGUGCUGCGGGCGUUGGAACACUACCUGACAUUCGACCUGUCAGCGAACAUGCAAAUCACUGUGAUAGUUUACGGCAAGGUGCCUUGCGAAGUGGUGCUCCAUCGGAUACCGGCGCACGACGACAGCGUCAAAAAAGCCAUUGCGACAUUGAUUAACAACGCCGACAUGGAGGCGCAAGGAAAUUCAACGCUAGAAGACGCCCUGAGGAUCGCCUUGAGAUCCUUGAACGACACGAGCGAGAUAAUGGAGAGGGUUCCUCGUGACAUCUUCUCCCAACGCGUUUUCAUCAUCGGCGACGGUGUUCUGAGACAGGAUUUCGACGAUUCCGUCCGUCAAAGUUAUCUCGACAACGGCGUCCGCGUCUCGUCCAUCGUGUUUCCAGCGCCGCCAGAACCCCACAAGAGAUCGAACACCCUCGACGAGUUCGUGACGAGUACCGGAGGUCGGACGAUCGCUAUCGACGAUACACCCAUCGACGAUGCCAUAACGCUGACCGCCCUCCAACAGUUGUACGACGCCCUGUACUUCAGCACGUAUGGCGGACUCUCCGACCAGGAUUACGAAAGUCAAACCCAAAUCUUGGAGAAGGAGUUCUACGGAAAAGAGCAAGGCGAUAUGGUGUUCGAAUUUUACGUCGACCCCUCUCUGGACAACGAUCUGCGAGUGAGGAUACUGGGUCACAAUUUCGGCGUCGAUCGGGCCUGGGCCGUUUCCUCCAAGGACGUAGUACUCUUCGCCCCUGAGCAUAACGGCAAGAAGACCUAUACGAUACGAGAUUACAAAUUCGUGUUCACGGAGGCCCGGUUCUGGUACUACGAGUUCCGGAUACCCGAUCCUAUCGUCGGUGUCUGGAGACUCGAGACCAAAUCUCGACGAGACACCAAGCAACCGAUCAUCAUCACCGCGUCGGCCAAACCGUCCCGGGAGGACGAGGAGCCGAUCCGAGUGGAAAUCUGGAUCUCACAGCCCAGUCAUAACGUCAGUCUGCAACACGACGGACUCGUGGUGUACGCCAAAGUGGGGCGCGGUGGACGCCCCGUGGUCGAUGCAAGGGUGGUCGCCAAGAUCACUCUUGUGUCGGACCAAACCGAGCCGACACUCUGCGUCGACCUUAAAGAUAACGGGGCUGGGGAUCCGGAUAUCACGAAGGACGACGGCGUAUAUUCGAGAUUCAUUGAUGGUAUCAAGAAAACCGGAAGAUAUAGACUCAUUGUCGAGGCUAAAAGCGACGGAAACGCCGCGGUUCUACGCAGCGCUACUGUUCCUGAUGACACCGUCCCCCACACCCCUUGUUGCGGGAGCGCAAUAAUGCGAACGGCCCUAAACACUACGAAACCGUUUUCACGUCGCGUCCUCUACGGCUCGUUCUUCGUGACGCAGCUGCAUCGCGAGAAACGCGACGGAGAGAUCGCAGCACCCUGGGCGCACCCGUCCCGAGUGCUCGAUCUCCGUGUAGUCUACUUGCAAUCCAAUCCUCCAGGUGUCGGCCUCGCUUGGACCGCGGUAGGCAACGUCCGAGAUGUGGGGAAAGCCGGUUCGUACAUCGUCAAGAAAUUCUACAAACGAGACGAUGCGCUCACGCAAUUCGAUAGCCACGGCGAGGAGCUCACGUCCGAAGAUCUGGACAACGCUCUCGCGUCGCCUCGGGAGGCCGGUUCUCGAGAACAGCUUUUCAUCAAGACUCGCAACCAGGUUAUGCCGUUUUACUUCGCGCUCAAGGUCAACAGUUCGUACGGGACGCUGUCGCCGGUGUCGAACGUCGUUGCCAUACACGUCAUGCCUUCGGCCGUGCACGGAAACAGCAUUUCGUCGGUCAUCAAAUCGCUAGGGAAGGGCGGUACUCAGAAAGAAUUUCCUCACGAUCGUGAUUCCCAGACCAACUACGAAAACGAACGAAUGGCGGCGGUGCUCGCAUACCCCUCGUUGCCUGUGGUCCUUGUCUUGAUAUGCUGCAUGGCGUGCGUCAGUUUCGGUUGUUGUUACAUCACGAGAGCGAAAUGCAAGUCAGCGCACGACGAUCAGAUCGAGAAGAAGCUUUCUGAAGUGGCCGCCCACAACGGCCACAAUGUCAACAAGAGCGCCAACCCGCCCGACUCGGACUCGUCCGCGGGCUCGAGAACCGGAUCCCUCACCAAGGACUGCGGGAACGGCGGCAACGGCCACCAUCUCACGUCGGGGGUGAUCGGACACACGAUCGGACCACCGUCGCCCGCCACCGCCCUCCCCAUCCACUCACACAAUUCGAUGGGCCCGCUAUCCCACGGUAUUCCGGGCUCGGAUAUUAUCAUCACCACGUCGCAAAGUCAAUCGGGGCUCAGCCACGUGAACUCAUGGCCUGCGGAGGUGCUCCUCGAGCAUUAUAGCAAGGUCCAAGAAGCCAAACAACGCAACGAAAUUCCGCCGUCGGUGUUGACGCUGCAUUCGCCUCACGCCCAUAUUACCGAUGACUCUAUCAAUUCGUCGAACCCGAGUCUUUACAGCACAAUGGACUCGUUCAGGCGGCAACCCACCCAUCAGCCCGGAGUUUUCGCGCCCUACUACGGCAACCCACCGAUGUUGCUGCCGGCAGGAGUGCAGGUGUCCCGCAACAUCACGCAGGUUUAA